UUUGUAUUAGCUACACAAGUUUGCCUCAUGAUGAUUCUGCUCUUGCUCUUUGGACCCCAAGAACUGUUUAAUAAAUGUAAAUAUGUUUAAAUGUAACUUGAGUUCUCCAGCAUUGUUAUCCAUCCCAGAACUAUCACAUGGAAAUAUGCUGUCCGAUUAUUACUGGUGAUUUUUUUUGCGUAAAAAUAAUGUUUUAUUACGAAAGUAAUAUCAAUCCUAGACCUGGGACGUUUUCGGUGGUUUCCGCUAUCGCAUUUUUAUUUAAAUCGACUAUUUUUCCCCAUUCGUGUGUUUCGUUUCUUAUUAAUCUAAAGAAACUAUAAAUGAAUUUAGAUUUUAUUUCAAUUUAAUACCAAUGUACACGUAUGCAUUCUCACUCGUGCCAGUAGCCUAUUAUACGCCAUCUUUGUUGUCGUUUGCUUAAGUUUUUUAUAUCUCUAAAUUCUAAGAUGGAAACAUUAUUGACAUCACUUGCGUAAAGGCGUUUACUAGUUGUCCUUUAAAUCACAGGUCUGUGAAGAACAGAAAUGCGAAGAGGAAGUUUUUCCGCUGGCUAUGAACUACCUGGACAGAUUUUUAUCUGUCGAGCCCACCAAAAAGACCAGAUUACAGCUGUUAGGAGCAACUUGUAUGUUUUUGGCCUCUAAGAUGAAAGAAACUGUGCCACUAACAGCAGAGAAGUUGUGCAUAUACACGGACAACUCCGUCCGUCCCAGCGAAUUAUUGCAAAUGGAACUGCUGGCGCUAAAUAAACUGAAGUGGGAUCUGGCCUCAGUGACACCACAUGAUUUCAUUGAACAUUUCCUCGCCAAACUGCCUAUACAUCAGAGCUCCAAGCAGAUACUACGCAAGCACGCCCAGACGUUUGUGGCCCUCUGUGCAACAGAUGUCAACUUCAUCGCAAGCCCUCCAUCCAUGAUUGCGGCCGGCAGCGUUGCAGCAGCAGUGCAGGGGUUGUACCUCAAAAGCAGCGACAGUUGCCUCUCGUCCCAGAACCUCACCAACUUCCUCUCACAAGUCAUCAGAAGCGACCCUGACUGUCUGCGAUCGUGUCAGGAACAGAUCGAGUCCCUGCUGGAAUCUAGUCUCAGACAAGCUCAGCAGCACAACAUCUCCACAGAGACCAAAAGAGUGGAGGAGGACGUGGACCUCUCUUGCACUCCCACAGACGUCAGAGACAUUAAUAUCUGAACGGAUCGCUAUUCAUCUUGUGUGCGAUGAAUCUCUUCGUCUUUGUUUCUGUUGGGUAUGGGCUUUGGCCAAAGGCUUCAUGGGACAAAUGGAAAACAGGCUCACACCUGCACCCCACCAUCCGACCAAUACCUCGACAACUUGCCCCUCAGCGCGCCCAAACCGUUGACUGCUGAGCAGCAUCCCCUGUGGUUUUGACCAUUGGGCUAUCGCUGGCCAGGACCACCAGUGGAGGACAGGGAAUGAAUGGAAAUCUCAAUUCUGUCCUUCGGCCCCCCUCUAUGUCCUAAGUCAAAAAUAAAACAAGCGAAAAACGAUAUAGGCUAUCUAGGAUUUUAAAAUUGUAUAAACGACAACAGUAGUUGUGACUUGCCCUGACUUGUCGUGAAAAGACAACGCUGGGUAUUUUUAUUUCAAGUGUGUCAGAACCUAUUUUUGAAAGAGAAGAGACGGUAUUUGUAUCUGCGAUUUCUUUCUCUCAUAGAUAGUACCUUGUUACACUUGCUACGAGUGCUCCCUGCUUUUUCUGCAGCCUAGCCGUGUAAAUAUAUCCCCGCUUGCUAUGCCUUUAGUCACUUUAUUAUAAUUCCUAGACAGAUUCCCUAACAAGAUUCUCUUCUCUUCCAAAAUGGUUUAUGUAACCGUAGUAUAUUUUUUACGCAUGUAUUUUUGUUAUGAACUAGAGGGCUGUGGAUUGCCAGGGGCUGAGGUUCUAACUUGAGGCCAGAUGGAUACAUUUCUUCAAACCGUUGCCUUCACUGCCAUUAAUAAUGUAUAUCGUCAUCACUGCCAUGACACAAUAAGCUUAUAUUGUACCUGCUCCCCGGCUAAGCUUGCAGUCCACAGUCUGCUUAUUUUUUUUUUUUUUAGAUUCAUGUAUUAUCUAAAACCAUUCCAUUUAAAAAAGAAAAAAAGCACUUUCAGUCCGUCGUUUAAGGCUGACUUUUAGAGAAAAAAAAGAAAAAGAAAGUAAGAAAUCCACAGUUGUUAAAACAAUGGGGGGAAAACAUGGAAUGGAGGAUGGAGCAGGUCUCUUUAUCUAUGGUGUUAGUGGUCUGUUAGAGAAAGUAGAAGAGGGGGACACUGAGAAGAUAUUUGCUCGCAGCUACGCGAUCCUUCCGACAGAACGGACGGAUGCUAGGGAACGUUUAAAGUGCGAUCCAACAGAACGCAUGUAGAGGGGUAGAAACACUACGAUGUUAAAUCAAAGAUUAAGAACUAUUUAUUUUUUCAGUUCCCCUCUUAUGGCCAGUAUGCGCGAAUGCCCAAGUGUACCUAUGUUUGAAGUAUGUUUAAUGACCCGCUAGUUGCUAACUCGUGACACCAUAGUUAAAGUAUUUUUCCGAGUUGAUGUACUCUGGUCUAGUUAUUGUUAAAACAAAAGUUGUGGCUUCAAGUAGAUUUUGCACAAACCCAGAGAUGUCAGUUUGUCUUGUGGAUCUCUGGAAGGGGAGGAAGAUGAGGAGGAGAGAUGGUAGAGAUGGUAGAGGGAGGCAAAAAAGGGUGAUGGCUGGACAUCAAAGAGUUAAAGCAGAACUGAGACGUUUGUACCGUGAGGAAUAACUUAAGAGGAGAACCUGGGAGAAGACACUCCUCAUAUUUAGCUGCUAUGGAGGGAUUUCCAGCAAGUAUGAAACUUUCAAAUGGAAAACAACAAAAAAGAAAAAGACAUGCUUCUUUCUCUUGUCUUGUUUUGCUGCUAUUUUUGGUUUUGUUUAUAUGAAAUGUCAAUACAAUGCCAUGUAAUAGGUUUUAAUUUUCUCAUAGAAAAUUAUGAUAUUAUUGACAACUUUGGUUCUUUUGGUAGUUUUUUUUUUUUUUUUUUUUUUUUUUUUUUUUUAUGUGAUCAAUUUUUGUUAAUGUGAUUUCUACGCUAUGCUACUCCCAAAACAAAGAAACAAACAAAAAAAAGAGACAAAAAAACAAAAAACAACAAAAAAGCAGAUGAAAAAAUAGUCAAAUGUUCCUGUUAUACCCACAAUACCUCAAACUACAGUCGUGAUUUAGCAUUGAUUUAGUCUGGGAUUUUUCUUUAGUGCUAUUUUUAUGUUAUUUUAUUUUAUUUUAUUUUAUUUUAUUUUAUUGUUUUUGGUUUAUACCGUGCCUGUUAGUCCUGUUGUAAAAUGCAAAUGAUCAUGUUAAUCAUCAUCCUACUGGGUCCUGAUGCGAGCGAGUAGAAAGCACAUGGAAUGGAAUUGGUGCCAUAAACUCUUUUGAGUUUUUUUUAGCUUGUUUCAUUAAAGGAGACUAUAUACCCACUUAAGCCUCUUCUAGCCCAUCUUGAUGAGUUUAUGAAGCUUUUAUUUGAAAAAUGACACGUUAUACUGCCAUGUGUACUUACAAAGCCAUAGUUUUGUCUUGUAGUAAUUUAACACAGUGCAGAUAUUCAUGUAUAAGUGGCUGCCUGUCUUGUUCUGAAUACAAGAGACCUGGCAUGUCCACAUCAAGUCGUUGUCUUAAUAAAUGCGACGCAGCUACAAUCAGCA